AUGACAGUCAGCCCCGCUGUGCGUCCAGUCUUCUUGAUCACCAGACACACGACCCAGCCAAAUAACAGACACAGCUUAACACACGAGUUUACCCUUUUGAUAAUUGUAUCCCAAUCCUUUAGGACAGAUAAUCUGUCCAAGCAUUCGUGUAGAGGUCCGGAUACUCUUGUAUUAGAGCAAGCUUAUUUCCGCCAAGAGCCUCCUUAUAUAGUUUAUGCUAUAUCAUUUGAAAAAUAUCAUGUAGAUAUGUCUUCAAGAAUCCAGAGGAUAAGGUUCAGCUUUAGAGGCUUAGAUAGCCGUUAA